AUGGUACCAGAGCUGGAAGAAAUGGAAAGCCCAUUUGAAAAAGAAGAGUGGAUUGUUAAGCAAAUGAGCAAUAUUAUAUCAGCCACGAUUGCAGACAAUGAUACCGAUGACUUGUUACAUGAUGAUACUAUCCGCAAUGCCUCAAGAACAUUUCGACAAAUAUUUGAUGUUCCUUCGAGUGAGCGUCUUGUGAAUUGUAUGUACACUUACUUGCCUGGGAUUAUUGACAGAAAUGUAUGUAGAUUAUUCCUGUGCUUGUAA